GGCUGGCACCCGUCCUCAACGGGUGUACACCAUCAGCAACUUGGGCUCCUCGCUCUUGCCUCCCAGGCGUUUUACCACAUCCUGGAUGAAACCCGCUAGACUAGCUGAAAGCAGCAUCUUAUGCACCUCCUUGCAAGGACCAAGCGUGAGACGAAGCGUCGAGAACCUUGUAGGAGCAGGCAGGUAGGCUACGCUAGUCGCUUGCUGGCCUCUCAUUGGGCUAUCUUGGCCCCUCCCAAGCAAAUCCUACUCCAUUAAAAGGCAGCCAAGGACGACGUCAUGGCUUCGCGCAGGGUGACAACUACGCUACUCGUCCUGCUCACGCUCCUCCUGGCGGGUACAGUCAUCGUGCUUGGCUCGGUAUGGGGCUACUUUCACGUCGACCGACAGGCGAUGAUCCACCCGGAGGAGCUGCUGCUCAUCUCGAACCUCCGUGCAGAUUUCGCGAAAACGGCAUGGACAUCUGCGAACGCAAAUGGUCACGCAGACAGCUCAGGGAGACAGAAACAGGAGCAGGAUGGACUGCUAGCGCCCUAUUCGCCCAUAUCGAGCUGGCUGCCGAGCUGGCUCCUCAACUCUAUCCCAGGCGACGCGGGGUCAGAUUCUGAACCGUCUGCCCCGCAUACACCCACAUUAGCAGGCUCCUCGGCAGUGCAGGCCGCGGAGCCAGCAACAAUAACUUCCGCACAGGAAAAUGUCACAUUAGCGGGCUUGGGCGACCCGUCUCUGUCCUUGCAUGCCUACGGGUCAAUCCCAGAAGGCGAUUUUCAUGCUGGCCAAAGCUUCAAUUCCAAAGCCACACAGGGCCUGUCAUCCAUGCGGCUACCGCCUGGGCCAGAUGAACAGAUUCCUCGCCUUAUUCAUCAGACCUGGAAGUCAAGUGUUCUGCCGGAGCGAUGGCAGGCGAUUCGCGCCGAAUGCAAAGACAUGCACCCUGAUUACGACUAUGUUCUGUGGACCGACGCAGACUCUCGGGCGUUUAUCAAAAAGCACUACAACUGGUUCCUGGAAACCUUCGACUCGUAUCCCUUUCCCAUCCAAAGAGCCGACGUGAUCCGCUACUUUGUCUUGUACCAUUACGGAGGCGUGUACAUGGAUCUCGACAUUGGCUGCCUUCGGCCGAUGGACCCGCUUCUCGCGUUCGAAUUGAUCUUGCCCGAGACCAUACCAGUUGGAGUAUCGAACGAUCUGAUGAUGUCGGUGCCGCAGCAUCCAUUCAUGAAAAAGCUGAUUCAGCAGUUGCCAGCCUUCAACCACGACUAUAUGCUGCCCUACCCAACAGUCAUGUUCAGCACCGGUCCCAUGUUCGUCAGUGCAAGCUACAGCAUGUGGGCCGACGCAAACGGCAUCGCGAUGCCCUCUGCUUUGCGGAAACCGAAGCGUGGGCUGCGCGGUAUCCGCAUAUUGGCCAAGUCGCUCUACGGGAAGAAUCUGGAUAUGGAGAUUGCCAAGCAGCAGGCGUUCUUCAAGCACUUUUACGGCUCGUCGUGGCAUACGAACGAUGCUGGGUUCAUCAUUCUGCUGCGAGACGUCGGCAAGUACCUCUUCCUCAUCGGUGUCGGCGUCAUCGUGUACGGCAUAGUGCGCAAGGUUGGCUUAAGGCCCCGGGGUCGGCUCCGCGGGCUCCGCGCGGUCAUCACCAAGACGCAGGUAAAAUUCGCUGGCUCCUCGAUCCGCAGCGGCAACAGCUCUCGCAGCCAUAGUGUCAGCCCAACGCCUUUUAGCAGUUGGUCUCGCAACCACUCGCAGGAUGGGUUAUGGGGCCAUUCGCCCAGCGCUUGCGCGGCCGUUAAGGAGAAGGAGAUGCUCCAGCAUCAGCUGUGGCUGCAGGGCACGAAAAUAGGCGGCGAGCCGUUCCUGCUGCGUCCGCAGCCGCGGAAGGAUCUCACCAUCUUCCUCGGCAACAAAGGCAGCUCGGGCAACGGAGACGAGUUCGGCCUCAGCGGAUCAGGGUCAGGGUCAGAAGUCUCGGCAUACGAGUUCGACGAUGAACAAGGUGCCGCGCAGUACUUGCUCCGGUUUGGCGAUACGCUCGAUGGGUCUUUUCAGCGACUGCGAAGAGCCAUCUUCCACGGCGGCCGAACACCCUCACCAACGCAAAGUUUCCACCCUGAUCCUGAGUCGAACCCCAGCCUCGCGACGGCCAUAACUGCCAAUGACGAGCACGAGCUGCAGGACUUCCCAGUAUCCACCACAUCGCCCGACCGGCGGCUGUUCCGAUCGUUCUGGUGACGGCGCCAGGGGCUUUUCCGCUUUAUAGACAUCCCAGACUUUGUUCCAUCCCCAUUUGUACUAGUACACAAGCUGCAAAAUCUUUGUCCGCGGGCCAGAGGUUCCAC